UCAAUUUUCCUUUGCAAUCGCCCCCACCAUCCUUGGAAUUUUGGGUUUUUUGGAAGAGAAAAACACAUGUGUGUGUCGCCACAGUGUUUUGGUUUUUCUCGGCCGCCCAAGUAGACGGCGCGUAGUUUUUCAUUUUGACGGGAGUUUUACUUUCGGUCGUCGCCUUACACUCAUUUCUAAUUGUGAUUCGUAGGAAGUAAGUUGUCUAGUGCUAUAUAUAUAUUCAAGUAAAAUUGUUUUAAAUCGGAACACACAACAAUAAUAUACAAGCAAACACCACCAAAUAUCGGAAAAGAAAGAAGAGCAAAUAAUUAAAUUACAAUAGAAACCAAGAGAAUAUCACGCAAAAUCCCAUCAUCCCAUCGUCUUUGGUCUUCUGGUUCUUGUUCAUCACCAACGUUAUCGAUAUUGAUAUUAAAUAGUCUGUGGAUAUUAAGAUACUUAUAUACAAACGCAUCGUAUCUGGGAUAAACGUUUACCACCAGGAAUAUUAAUGAUACGCAACGGCUGUAACUGUAAACUGUGUCCCCUCUCACGUAAGACGUAACGUAAGGCAGCCUGUGGAAACGACGUAUAGUUUGGACGCAAUCAGAAAAAUCUCUACGGAGGACGCAGCUAACGCAAGAAGUACAUCCAACUGUAUACAUGCGUGCUACAAGUAAACCAGUGAAAGACAUCUCAAUAGCCCCAGCCGUCGCAUAACCGUCAUCCAAUCCAAUCCGAUCCGAUCCGAUUCGAUCUGAUUCGUUUUGAGCUGAUCUAAUACAACCUCCGCCGUACCCAAAAACAAUAUAAAUUGCAAAACACCGGAGCCGCUCGAUCCAGCGAACGGCAGCGACAAGAAGUUUUUCGGCCAGCGCGCACCCCCAAUCUCCAGAAACAGCCUCAAGAUUCUGCCCUUCGGAGCACCCAACUUUCGUCUGGAGACGACACCCGCAGAGAUGCACAAGAUAGCAGCAGCGCCGCCUCCAUCGGCAACGCCCGGCGGAGGACUGGAGACGCCCCUGGCGGCGCCCAAAUACGGCACACUAAUACCCAAUCGCAUCUUUGUGGGUGGCAUCAGCGGCGAUACCACCGAGGCCGAUCUAACCCGCGUCUUCAGCGCCUAUGGCACGGUAAAGAGCACCAAAAUCAUCGUGGAUCGAGCAGGCGUCAGCAAGGGCUACGGAUUCGUCACCUUCGAGACGGAGCAGGAGGCGCAAAGACUGCAAGCGGAUGGUGAAUGCGUGGUACUACGAGAUCGGAAGCUGAACAUUGCACCGGCCAUCAAAAAGCAGCCCAAUCCUCUGCAGUCAAUUGUGGCCACAAACGGAGCCGUCUACUAUACCACCACGCCGCCGGCACCGAUCAGCAAUAUACCUAUGGAUCAGUUCGCAGCCGCUGUAUAUCCGCCAGUUACUGACUUUACAGCCGCUGGAGUGCCAGCCAUCUACCCACCUUCAGCCAUGCAAUAUCAGCCAUUCUAUCAGUACUACAGUGUGCCAAUGAAUGUACCCACCAUUUGGCCUCAGAAUUACCAAGGAAUUUAUCCAUGUUAACUUUGAGGAUGCAACAGCAACAGCAACAAUAGUGAUGCUACUACUACUACUACUACCAAAACAAGAACAACAACAACAAACAUGCAACAAAGAGCCACAGCAACAAAAGUAAACUACGAAGCAUAAAUAGAAUUUAUAUAAGCUGAGACACAGAAAUACACGCACCACAGCUGCAAUUUCGGAAAUGUUUAGUCAAAGGAAAUCGUAUAUUGAAGGUAGAAGCUCUGGAAGGACACUCACCCACACAAGCACACACACACCUACACGCAUACAUACAUAUAGAGCGCAAGGAAACCAUUGCAAAAUGCUGUAAAGUAAGCUGCUUAUGUUAUUAGGGAUGUUGCGAGUGUGGCAGUGUGUGAGUGUGAUGAGUGAUGGGGGAUACAAUUUUGGUAGAGGAAACAUUUAUGAUGUGCAAUUAGCGGUGGAGCAGGGGAGGGGUAGCGGGGGAAGGGGCUAUAACCAUAGGGACGUCGACAGGACUGCAGUGUGUGUGGAAAGUCAGCAAGUGAAAGACAGAAAAAUAUAUAUGUAGAACUAGAGCCAGAGGAGGAGAACUUAAAACCAUAUUUAAACUAUACUAUAUAGGAAACAUCAUGCUAAACAUACAAAACUGGAUAAUACAGAUGUGGCAGAUGAUGUGGAAAGCACUCACACUCAAACCAACAAACACCCACAUACACACACACACGUGCAGGACGAACACACUUAUAAAUAUACUAUAUAGGGAAUAAACAAGCAAAAUUGCAUAACACACACAUAUACUAUAUAUGGUAGCUAAGAAAGCGGGGCAGCGAUCGAAGAUUAAAGACAUAAUAUUAUGCAUAAAUUAAUUUAUAUACAUAUAUACAAUACAUAUAAAGCGUAAAGUAACUGUAACUCGUAACUGUAACUGUAACUGUCCCACACAGACACAUACAGCAAUACAAAGCAAAAAGAUGAAUAAGCAAAGGAGACGACAAAGUCAAGCAGCAAAGCAAGCACACACUAAAACUCUUACACACACACACACACACAGACGCACACCCACGAGUCCUGGGCGGAAAGUCAAGGAUAACUUAUGAAAAUUCCCUUAACUUUCCGAUCAGUAUUCGUUUAAAAGGAAAUGAAAACCUAACUUGUAAGCCAAGCAAAAGAAAACUGAACGAAAUUUUAGUCUAAAAGAAAAUACUAAUGGAGGACAAGUAAAAAUCAUGAAAUCUAGCCACAUAAGCCAAGCAAAAAGUGAACUAAAUACAAAAAAAGAAAAAAACAAAAACAAAAAACACUACAAUAAAGAUAUUCAAAAUAUGCUAGCUAAAAAGGCGAAAAACAUACACACAACUCCCGACUAUUAUAAACGGGAGGCAUAUAUUAGAGAGACUAUUAAAGGAAAGCUAAACUCAAAGCUCUAGCGAAAAGAAAAUAGAUAAAAAAAAACUCAAGCAAUACAUAGACACUCAUAGGUGUGUGUUACACAAGAAUAUAGUUAAAUAUAUACGAAAUGCAAGCAAACGUAAAAUAAAAUAAUAAUUUAAUAAACUAAUGUACAAGCGAAAAUCAAGCAAAACAAGCUCUGCGUGAAUGUUGAUUUAUUAUUUCUGUUUUUCUACACUCACUUAAGAUUUUGUUGUAUCUAUUGUUAUGAUGAUGGCAUCAAAACUAAUCAAAAACACGAACGAGAAAAGCGAGAUGUGUUAACCAAAAUUAUUUAAAGUAAUACGAACGCGAUGGCCAAACAUUUGCGGGGGCAGCCGGCGACCUGCGAGCGAAUUUCAUUCAAAAUUGGUGCAUAAUUUGGCUGAAAUAUGAAAAUUCGAGAUAAAUAUUUACAUAUACGUGUAUGCCUUAUUGAACGAAACUAAAUUAUUUGCCCACUAAAUACUGUUAUCGUAUUGUAAUAAACCAACCCAGAGGUUUCAAAAAUACCUGCUAAAACAGAUGUCGCCGAGGUCGCCCACAUUCAAAUCCCAAACAAAAAAAAUAAAAACAAUUUGGUUGAGACUCGCUGCCGCCGCAAAUGGACUUCGCUGCGAAGUUGUUGACAAAUUUUUACUAAAUUGUUAAAUAGUUAAAUACAAAACAUUUUUAAAUCGAAUCGUAACAAUAAUUAGACAUGAAAAAUUACUCUUUGUUGAAACGAAGCAACACAAAAUGUAAUGUAAUGAAAUGGAAAGCAAUAAUUCACUUAGGCAUGCUCUAGUUAAAAACUAAAACUGAAAUCAAGUCGAAGAAGCAACAUAGAAACCACCAACCAACAGUACUUACAUGUAUGUCAGUCAAUAGGGAUUUUAUUUAGUUCGAAGGCCCGGAUUCGAGCACUGGGAUCAUCCAUCUAUCAUCCAGUCCCAGUUGAAUCCAAAUUGCUGGGUGGGAUGUGUGAGGCCUAAUUUCGAAAUGAGUUCAUCAUUCACUCUUUUCAACCAGCCAUCCCAGCAAUUUAAUCUUCCGCAGACUAAUCAGACACACAGAACCGAUCAUAACUAAUAAAUCCAAGGCAUAACUUAAGUAUAUACGUGAUAUUUUGAAAGCGAAAAUUCAUAAAUAAAUUGUUUAGGUUUAAAACAAUAUUAAAUAUAUUAUACAGAUAUAUACAUAUAUACAUUAUAAAGAUAAUGCCAAGGCAUAAUUAAAACCAUAACGAUUAAUUAAUUAAAGAACGAAUGAACAUUUUUGCUGACAAACAAAAAAGAAAACAAAGAAAAGGAAAACCAAAAGAUAAACAAACAACUGAGGCGAGUAAAAUGUUUGUAAACUCAAUUUAUUGUACGACUUGAAUGAAGGAGCGAAAAGAAGUUCUUAAGUUUUUACUGAACAGCAGCAAAGAGCAGAGAGCAGAUUGUCCCAUCGUAAAAAUCUAUUUAGUUUAUAUAUAGUGAAUAUUUAUAUUAUAUAUACAUAUAUAUAUUAAAUGAACAAAUGGCAAGUAACAAACAAACCAACAAAAAAGAAAUAGCAAUUAGACGAACGUAAAAGGAAAGUGAAAAAUUAUAUAUAUAUACAAUACAUAUAUAUCAUAGCGCAAAGAAUAAUAUAUAUUUUAAUGAAGGAACAUCAACUGAUUAAGUGCAGCUCAACUAAGAGCACAAAAUGUUUUUAGACUAAGUACCUACCUACCUAAAUGAAUUCAGCAAUUGCAUAAUAUACAAAAGAUAGGCGAGAACGCUAAAAAGGCGCCAGGCCCAGAGAAGGGAAAUAAGAUUCUACUUCUACGGAAUCAAAUUUGUAUAAGUAUAUAUAAACGUGCAUAUUA